GAUGCUGUUACAGAAAUACCCGAGCACGUUUCAUGGUACAACUGGUGGGUUCGGCAGGAGAUCGAGAAGCAGCCUGAGGACAUAUAUUCGGUCUUAUCAGAGGCUCAAACUGAAGGGAAUAAUUCCUGGAUAGCUAUAUUCAAUGCCGUGUGGCGAGGCGUAUGGAUCGAAGCUGUGAAGCCGGAUUCAAGCAUCGACACGAUCAUUGCCAACCUCCUCGCACUGGACUUGUUAAGGCUUAAGGACGACACAGAUUCACGCAAUGCAAAAGACCUAAUUUUUGCAAUAAUUGGAUGGCAGACUAUGCUAUAUCGGCCAGAUACAGGCUCAUGCCCUACCAAUCAACUAGCGAUUGCUGAUGAGACCAAUGAACAUAGAGGUCAAGCACACCUAUCAUUACAGCAAAGCCGAACGGCAUCGAGGAAAACUUUGCAUGAGUUCCUCUUGGGAUUUGGCGUGAUGUUGCCAUGCCGAAAUUUUAGUGCUCUAAACUCGGAAGAGGAUAGGAAGAUUCUAACGGAGCUAUAUAGCAUUGAAUCAGCUUCAUUCAAUGCCCAUUUACUCGUUACGGUGGGCCGCAUCAGUAUCAAUUGGACAGACAGCCUUGCGUGUCACCUGGAGUUCAAUGAGCGUUCGAACACCCUCUAUCUCUUUCGAUAUCCGUCGUUCUGCGGAAUUCAUUGUCUUAGCCAGGAACAACGAGUGUUGAAGACAACAAUUCACUCUUGUGCAGCUCCUCCUACCGCCGAUAGCUUACAUUGGGCGACAUCCGAAGAUGUAGAUCAUCUACUCGGGGAAAUUUUGGCGACAUAUCGUCUCCUUUUCGGGCAGAACAAAGCAUCUCGGAAGCUUUUUCGCACGCUAAAGCCGCAACCAUUCGAAGGGCUGCCUGAAGAAGGUCGAGACAAUAGUCUGUUGGACAUUUGUACCAAGAGCAGCUCUCAUGCUCCCAAUCGGCCCAGCGAAAAGGAUAGGUACAUCCUAGCCUCAGACUUCCCUAUUCACAGGAGUAGGAUAGCGAUAUUGGCGAGGUUUCUCUCCACCAAACGACCUCGUACUUGGAAAGAAAUUUGGAACGAUAAGAGAAAUUCAGCGAAUUGGUUUACAUUCUGGGCAGUACUCAUUAUCGGAGGGCUAGGGAUAACACUCGCCUUCAUCCAAGUUGUACUUCAGAUUAUUCAGAUC